UUGUGAAAAAGAUUUAUAUUCUUCGAAAGAAUCAACCCGAAAAUCAAUUGAAUAAAAUGUAUAAACUACAACAAAAUUUUGCAAGGAUACUUUGUUCCUUCACUUUUGCUGGUUAUUUUUCUAAUAUCUAAAAAAAAGUUUGCUAAGAAUGUAAAUUUUUCAGUAUUAAAUGAAUUGACGAGUAAUCCAGAAUUCUCAUAAUUAGCAAUUUAUUGAAGACGAAUUAAGGAAGUAUAAAAAAAAGCUAUUCUUUUAAUUGGGCACCAGACGGUAAACUACAUCCCUGCCCCCUCACGCAACACGGAAUCCUGACCGCAAGUUUUGAUUGAAAACUUAAAAGCACUAAAAUUGUCCCGAAAAUGCAGAAGCGGAAGGAUUGGACGCGCACGAGCACGCUUUCGAUCGAGCAGCGCUUUUCACUGAAAAUUCGCACAGAAUUUCGCGAGUUUUCGACGACCAGAAGCGGAUACUAGUCAAGCAUACUAAUCGUGGGCAUCUGCAACGUGAAAAAAUGCUCUACCUCGAGGAUUACGUCGAAAUGAUCGAGCAUCUUCCACAAGAGCUGAGGGAUCGAUUCACUGAGAUGAGAGAGAUGGAUCUAGGCGUACAAAACUCUAUGGAUAGCCUUGAAAAGAAAGUAAAGACAUUCUUCUGCAAUGUCAAAAAGAUGAAGCCUAAUGAAAAGGAGGCGGAAUAUGAGGCAAUCAGAAGAGAAUAUUAUAAAACUCUGGAGGACGCUGAUGAGAAGGUGCACCUAGCCACUCAAAUGUAUGAUUUAGUGGACAAGUACCUGAGAAGGCUGGAUCAGGAGUUGCAAAAGUUUAAGAUGGAACUGGAGACUGAUAAUAAGGGCAUUACUGAAAUUCUGGAGAAAAGAUCCUUGGAAUUGGAUCAACCAACCACGAAUAGCAGUCAAAAAGAGAAUCGUUACAGUUUCACGCCGAGCAGAACGCGGGACAAUCACAGUCACUCUCGAUCGGAGAAACGGCGAGACUCCAAUGCGUCUUCCACGUCGGUCGAGAAGAAGCUGGCGAUUGAGAAGCUACCAGCGAUGACGAAUCUGCCUGAAUCGCGGCCAGCGUCGGCGAAUUCCGGGCCUAUUAUCGCGACCAAUGUCGCCCCGGCACCGGCGGCAAUCGCUAAUUCCGUUGGCUCUGUGUGUUACAAUCUCGGUCACAUCGGCGCCGGUGGUAACGCGAUUGCAGCAGCCGCGUCGCAAGCGAUUGCCGCCACGCAAUCGAUGCAACAGGGCAGACGAUCAGCUAGUCUCAAAGCCAGCUACGAGGCCAUCAAUACCGGUGGUGUUCACGCUGCGGAAUUUAGCAAAGAGCUGGCCGGCGCAGCGCAAACUGCUAUUGCAGCCAUUCAGGAAACCACAAAGAAGCAUAAAAAGAAAGUGACUGCCACAGUACCAAGCUCAAGCGUAAUCGCAGCUACGAUCCAGCAGCCCGUAUCGCCACCGGUGGUAACAACAACGACGCAAGUAGUGGACACGGACAAUCCAGACUGGACGUACGAUCCCAACGAGCCACGUUACUGUAUAUGCAAUCAAGUAUCGUACGGUGACAUGGUUGCGUGCGACAAUUCAGAUUGUCCCUUUGAAUGGUUCCAUUAUCCUUGUGUGGGCAUCACCGCGCCACCCAAGGGAAAGUGGUAUUGCCCUCAGUGCACAUCUUCAAUGAAGAGACGUGGCGGGCGGAAGAACUGAUUAGGCAAAAGGAAGAAGUUAGGAAACCUUGUUGACUACGUUGAGAAAGCAUCGCUGCUGCUACUACCUCUUAGACACUAUCCGUCGUAUACCAAUUUAGUUAGAGAGCCGUUAUUAGCUCUGAUUUUGUAUGACUUUUUCAAUGCGUUAUCUCGAGUCACGUCGUCGUAAUCUCGGCCUUCGAUUUUCUCCCUUCGCUCAUCGAAGGUAUGUUGAAACGUCAAUGUUAUUCUAUGACAUGUCUUACGAAUAUAACGAAUUGGAAAGUUCCCUAAACGUCGCAAUGUAUUUUGUGUAUCAUCGUUACUUCAUGUGUUUCAUGCUUUCGGGAAGCGAGACGAGGUGAAUACAAGGUGACUCGGAAGACACGAGAAUCCUUAAUGAUAAUGUAUUCUUGGACGAAUUCAACUGUUUUUCGUCCAGAAUUUAGAUUUAGACACUUAGUUAUUCAAUUGUCGAACAUUUUUCUAGCAAAUUAGAAAUGUAAAUAAUCAAUGAGACUCUGUUUUUUAAGUAAUUUUAGAUGGAUUUUAGUUUAAUAGGAAUUUAAUUUGAACUUUUUAAAGCAUCGAGAUAUUGCAUGUUGAGAACGAAGAAUUUAUACUUUCGAUCAAAACAAAAAAUGAAUGACUUUUGAUCUCGCUUGAGAAUAUCGAUUUUUUCUUUCAAAACCACUCUAUAUAAACGAAUUUUGAGAAUACUACUUUCGAAAAAACUGUAGCUAAUUGGUGUAUAAAUAAAACGAAUCUUGCAAAAACCAAUGUUGCUGCAGGAAUGAAUCGCAAUA